GUGACAGUCUUGAGCAGGACUUUGUCAUGGCCGCAGCACCACAACCCGUCUUCUGGCUUGGCAACGACACCUUGAGGGUGUCUGCUGCCCUUUUCGCAGAGAACCGUGCCCGACUCUGCAAUGGGCUGAGGAACAAAAACGGCUACGUUGCCAGGUCGGUGGUGGUGCUGCAGGGUGGAGAGCAGACACAGCGCUUCUGCACAGACACAGAUGUCGUCUUCAGACAGGAGUCUUUCUUCCACUGGACCUUUGGCGUCACAGAAGCCGACUGCCUGGGGGCCAUCGACGUGGACUCUGGAAAAUCCAUCCUGUUUGUUCCUGAACUGCCCCAAAGUUACGCCACUUGGAUGGGAGAGAUCUACCCCAAAUCCCACUUUAAGGACAAGUACGCUGUGGACGAGGUGCACUACACCAACAAUAUCGCUGAAGUCUUGACCAACAUGAGGCCAGAUGUCAUUCUGACCCUGCGAGGAAAGAACACGGACAGCGGGAGCAUCUGUCGCGAAGCCUCCUUUGAAGGAAUUGGCACCUUCACAGUGAACAACACCUUCCUGCACCCAGUCAUCGUUGAAUGUCGCCUGCUCAAGACUGACAAGGAGCUGGAGGUUCUCAGAUACACCAACAAAGUCUCCAGUGAAGCCCAUAAAAUGGUGAUGAAGCAUGUGAAGCCCGGACAGAAGGAAUACGAAAUGGAGAGCCUGUUCCAGCACUACUGCUACACCAGAGGAGGGAUGCGCCACACGUCCUACACCUGCAUCUGUGGAACUGGAAACAAUGCCUCUGUUCUCCACUACGGUCACGCUGGAGCGCCCAACGAUAAAACCAUCCUGGAUGGAGACAUGUGUCUGUUCGACAUGGGAGGCGAGUACUACUGCUACUCUUCCGACAUCACAUGCUCUUUCCCCGCCAACGGGAAGUUCACUCCGGACCAGAAGGCCAUCUACGAGGCCGUGCUGAAGUCCUCCAGAGCUGUCAUGGCCGCCAUCAAACCAGGUGUGAAGUGGACCGCGAUGCAUCGUCUGGCUGACAGGGUCCACCUGGAGGAGCUGGUGAAGAUUGGCAUCCUGAUGGGAAACGUGGAUGAGAUGAUGAAGGUCCACUUGGGAGCAGUCUUCAUGCCUCACGGUCUGGGUCACCUGCUGGGCAUCGACGUGCACGACGUCGGAGGUUACCCGGAGGGAGUCGAGCGUAUCCAGGAGCCAGGACUGAAGAGUCUUCGAAUGGGCCGCCUGGUGCAGGAGAGGAUGGUUCUCACCGUGGAGCCUGGCAUUUACUUCAUCAACCACCUUCUGGAUCAGGCCCUGGCCGACCCAGCACAGAGUGGCUUCAUCAACAAUGAAGUGCUGGCUCGCUUCCGAGGCUUUGGCGGGGUCCGCAUUGAAGACGACAUCGCAGUGACAGCAGAUGGAAUGGAGUUGCUGACCUGCGUUCCCAGAACGGUCGAGGAGAUCGAGGCCUUCAUGAGCGAGUCUACCAAACCGACCCUCGCUGGAGUCUAGCCCAGCAAAAAAAACAUAACUGAUGACGGAAGGGAAAAAAAAAUCAAGAUCAAUCAACUCGUAAUUUUUUUCCUUUAAGUGAUGCUAAGUGCAGUAUUUUUCUUCGUCCUGCCUCAUUUCUGCAAUGACUCGACCAUGUUUGCUUUUAUUGCACCUGUCGCACAUAUGAAUCAUGAUUCGGACUUAUGCAGUCAGCAACAGAUAAAUCUGCAGGAAGGAAAGAAAGGUUGGGGUGUGCUCUCUCUGUGCUGGGAUGUUCCGAGUGUCGGGAAGGCUCAGAUGCACUGGGCAGUUAGGUCUCGGAGGAUGUUCAGAAAGAGUUCAGAGCAAAAACUGGAACUAAAACUUCUUUUUUUAUUGCAGAAGUUAGGCUUCAAACAAUAGACCCAAAUGAUAGCUCUCUUAUGGCUGGAAAAUGUUUUUUUUUUAUUAUAAUUUUCAUGUCAUGCACUCCGAGAACACACUGACGUGUGGUUUUGUGGUACAUUUGCAGGCAAUGUCUUACACCUGGAAAGUGAAGAAAUGAUUUUUUUAAAAAUUAAAAUUGCAUUCAUUA